AUGAGAGAGAAACGCGAGGCCACGUUGCAAGGAAGUCUAGUUCCAUCCGUAUCGAAGGAAAAUAUAAUACAUGAGAAUGUAGAGGUCUUACAUGGGAGUGGGGAUAGAGAGAAAAACCACUUUUUGCUGUUAUAUGAGCAUGUAACAUUGAAUAAUAUGGAUGAAUUGGAUGGGAAUGGGCUUACCAACAAUAAGCAAUGCACAUUGAAGGAACAUGGGAAAAAUGAUUCCGCUCUACAAACAUCUCAAGAUGAGGUUACCCGUAGGGAAGCAGAGCUCAUGACUAAUAAUUCGAGGUCUGUGGCUUAG